AUGGGAGGCAGACAGAUCCGACCCGCAAGGGUCCUACAAACAGUCACCGAAGAGCUCAACCACACCGUCCUCGGAGGCAAAUCCAUCCCCACGCCGCCAUGGUACAACAUCAUGCAAUCCGUCCCUCCUGCCGAGACACUCGUUCGAAACGUCACCCCCCGCAUAAGGGGCCCGACAUCCAGAGUGACAAAGCCAAAGAACCUCUAUCGACCUCAAGAGAUAGUUGUUGUUCAACGACAAUUAUGGUUGAUGGAGAACGAGAAACUCGAGAAGCGAAAGGCAUACGAUAUCACACGCCGCGAAUUCUACCGUCUACGUCAAGAAGAGGAGAUCGAGAAGCGAGUGGCCCUCGAGGAAGCCAAGCACGUGGGCGCCUACUUUGGCAAGUCCCGCAUUGAUGUAUCGCACCAUCUCGAGGACCGAGAGUUUGAGAACUGGAAGAUCUGGGCUGGAAAGGAGACGGAGCGACAAGAGGCGAGUCGCAACUCGGAAAUUGAGGACUUUGGUCUUGAUGAGGCGGAGGAGGAUAUCGCAGAGGAUGCAGAGCCAGAGGAAAAGGCCGAGGCUGCUGAGGGCAAGAAAUCACCUUGA